AUGAACGCCACGGACAUUCUCUGCCCAAACAACUUAACCGAGGCGUCAUGUGGGAACGUCAGCUUCCCCCCGUACAGCUACAUCGACAUCACCACUUUUAUGCACAUCUUCCCGUCUAUUUACGGCAUCCUGUGCUCGGUGGGAGUCCUGGCCAACGGACUGGUCAUUUACGCAGUGGCCGCCUGCAAGAAGAAGAUGGUGUCGGACAUCUACGUGUUGAACUUGGCCAUAGCGGACAUGCUCUUCCUGCUGGUGAUGCCCUUCAACAUCCACCAGUUGGUCAGAGACAGGCAGUGGGUCUUCGGGAACUUUAUGUGCAAGGCGGUGGUUGUGGUGGACGUCAGCAACCAGUUCACCACCGUGGGGAUUGUCACGGUGCUGUGCAUUGACCGGUACAUCGCUAUUGUCCACCCCACUUCAGAGCGAAGGACCAUCCAGUGGACUAUCAUCAUCAACAUGCUGGUGUGGAUCGGCAGCUUCCUCCUCACCGUACCAGUCAUGAUGUACGCCAAGGUCGUCCGCAGACAGCAUUUAGAGGUCUGCAUGAUGUAUCUGGACGGGCCGGAGGACAUGUACUGGUACACCCUCUACCAGUCCAUCCUGGGCUUUAUCAUCCCCCUGGUCAUUAUCAGCACCUUCUACUCUCUUACGCUCUACCACGUGUUCAGCUCCAUCCGCCGGGUCAAGCGUAAGCAGUCUGUGUGGGCCAAGAGGGCCACGAAGAUGGUCCUGAUGGUGAUCGCUCUCUUCCUCAUCUGCUGGUCUCCCUACCACGUCAUCCAGGUGAUCAACCUGAGCAACAACACCCCGACCAUCGUCUUUAUCUACGCCUACAACAUCAGCAUCUGCCUCAGCUACUCCCACAGCUGCAUCAACCCGCUCAUGUUGCUCAUCUUUGCCCAGAAUUACCGCGAGCGCCUUUGUCGCAGAAACAGGCUGUAUGGUUCCCAGCAAUCGUCUAAGGUGACUGUGAUCAAAACAGAAGGUUCCAGUAUGGCCAUGGAGCCGAAUAAUCGCUGUACGGCCAUCUAA